AUGAUAAACUUCUGUUCCUCAGGCAAAAAAGAACUUUGUGCCAUUAAAGUAGAUUUUUUCAAAGCAUUCGAUUGUGUUAACUGGGAUUUUCUCCUCAUCCUCCUCAAAGCCAGAGGGUUCAGUGACUUAUGGUGCACCUGGAUCCUUAAUAUUCUAUCCUCAGCUAAGUCUGCUGUCUUAGUUAAUGGCUCACCUACUGCUUUCUUCCGCUGUCAUAGGGGCCUUAAACAGGGUGACUCCCUCUCCCCCCUCCUCUUCUUGCUGAUAGUAGAUGUCCUGAGUAAGAUGAUCUCAGCCAGUGCUCUCUCUGGAGACCUCUCUAACCUUAAUUUGAAAGGGGAACUAAACAAUAUUAGAACCCUCCAGUUUGCAGACGAUACCCUCAUCUUUUGUAGAGCCUCAUGUAAAGACAUUCAUACUCUCAAAAGAAUCCUCCACAUCUUUGGUCUUAUCUCUGGUCUAUCCAUGAAUCAGUCCAAAACUCACCUCCAUUACCUUGGUAGAAUUCCUAAUAAGGGUAUCUCUCUUGCUGACAGUCUUAAUUGUUCUCUUGGUACUCUUCCAUUCUCUUAUCUCGGCCUUCCUCUCAAAAGGGGUUCUCUCUCCAAAAGAGAGUAG